GGUCUCACUAAGUUGCUUAGUGCCUUGCUUUUGCUGAGGCUGGUUUUGAACUCACCAUCCUCCUGCCUCAGCCUCCUAAGACACUGGGCUUACAGGCAUGCGUCACCAUGUCAGGCUGGGGAGAUAUUUUCAAGUUAGUACACACAGAAUUGCUUCAGUCUUUGCAAAGACUGCGCAUGCUUAGGUAGAAAGUGUGCCUGCUUUUUCCAUACCCUUGGUCAUGAAAUCUUGGGCAGAGGUCAUAGACAGUGCCCAGGAGAAAUCCCCAUCUGUCCCCAUCUUGCUGGGGGCCUCCCAGGGAGACAGAGAACCCCAUGUCUCUGAAUGAGAGAUGCUUUCUACCUAGCCCAAAGUUUUCUCAGCCACUUAGUUCCCAAGGAUACCUUACCAAGCCCAAUUCUCUAUUCCUAACUUCCCCUACCUUCUCUUGCCCUGUGCCCGCCCUGAGCCCUCUCAUUGAGGCAACUCUCUCAGUCCCCAGUAAACACAGGGAGAAGUCAUGUCAGCCCUCCAGCUUGCUUGAUUCUGUGCAGAGUCUGAUGAAUCUCCUGGAGGAAUCAUGUAGACGGUGAGUCUGGGGUUCCUCCUACCUGGCAUCUCUACUUUCAGAGUGUGCCUGCCCCUCCCAACCCCUCCCCCCAACUCUGGGUCAAUGGCUUGGUAGAGUGUUCUACUCAUAGAGUCUCUGUGUUCUGACCCAGUUCUAUCCUAGUGGACUGGAGAGCAUCCCCUCUCCAACUUCUACCAACAGCUUACCCAUCUGGCCUUUCCCAGCAAGUCCAGGCCAGAGACCUCCACUUCCUUUUCAGCCAUCCUCUUUACUUUCUAGAUAAAUUGUCCCUCAUUUAGCAAAGAAGAAUCAGGUAGGAAGAACAGCAGAACAGCGGUCUGAUGAGGUCAUCUAAAGGCACGUGUGUGACAGGGACCCUGAAGCCCAGAGAAGCAACUUGCUGAGUCACAAAACUGUACUGCCUUACAAGUUGUGACAUGGAAAGAGUGACCUGGGCCUUUCUCAUGGUGCUGGCAGGCCUGCCUGUCUUGAAAGCCAACAUGCUGUUUGAUAAAGAUAGUCCCUUCUACUAUGACUGGGAAAGCCUGCAGCUGGGUGGGAUGAUCUUCGCAGGUCUCUUCUGUGUUGCUGGAUGUGCCAUGGCCCUGAGUGGCAAGUGCAAAUGCAAGUGCACUCAGACCCCCAGUCCCUUACCUGAAAAAAACAUUCCACUCAUCACUCCAGGCUCUGCCAAUACCUGCUGAGCACAGGACCAGCUUGGAGGGACUCCUCGUGAUCUCAGCCUUUGCCAGUGGCUGCUCCUGUCUCCCCACUGGAGGCCUUAUCCACUGGAAUGGUCUCUCUUCCAAGAUGGGCUGUUAGGUGCCCUUCUGAUCAGGGGGCUGUCCAAAAUUUAUUUAUAAAUUAAAUUGUUCUCACCACUCCCUCAAGCGAUCUUGUGAUCCUCUCUAGGUCUGGGAGGAAAUGGCAGGGGGCAUCCUGCAGAUUGCUCCUUUUAGCCUCCUAUGUAUCUGGAGGCCCGCUCAUAGAAAGAUUUUGAGACCCCUCCCAUUGUUGAACCCCUCCCUCAAUAUAUACCAUAUCUCCCAUUCUAGCCAGCCCCAUAGGGAUCCAUGCACCACAUGAAAAACCACAAUGUUUUUAUCAAAAAGCCUUAUACUUUUCACCGCUUGCCUAGAGACACUAGAAGUCCUGCAACCUAGAAUGACCCUCAGUGGCUCACCCUUAUUCAAUGAGCACUCUCUAGCUGGCACAGCCCAGGAAAUGCAGCAAUUCCUUCAUUGACCUGUCCACCCCAGGAAAACCCUGUAUCCCCCUAGAUCAACAAAUGGUAUACCCAUCCCCAAUUUCCUGAGAGACCUCACAAAAAAUUCCAUGCCAAAAAGCCAUGCAUGAUGCAUUUUAGAAACAAAAGUCAUCUAUGCAAAUCUGAGUUCCUUGGUAUAUCCAAAGCCUGCUCCCUGAAGGCCUUAUUUUUUUGUCUUCCUCCACCAGGAGGUGUGUGGAAGUGCCUGCCAGUCACGCAUUCUCGACAUGCCAUUUGACAUGCUGUAGUAGCCCAGGCAGGUCCAGGUCCAGUGGACAAAAGACCUGAGGACCUGGGCAAGCUCUCCCCGUUGCCCUGCUGGCUCCACAAAGCCUGCAGGAUCCCAGCAUUUGCAGCGGGAGCGGGGGAUAAGCUCUGUGGUGGACCAGUUUUCCAGCCAAGAGGUGACACAGGAGCUGAGUCCUCAGAGGUGAAAGGUUAGAGGAGCCACGCAAACCACCUUCAUAGAGUUUGCGCAUGCAAACUACCGGAGGGCAUGAUGACCUCGCUGAUUCUCAGGAGUAGAAAAAAGGCAGCGUGACUGGAAUGCAGGUGAUAAAAUCAAAAGGGAGGCAGGUGCCGUGCUGCGCUGCAGGGAGCACCUUUCUCAGGCACACAGAGGGCCGCUAGCUGUGCAGCAGAGCCCUGUGGGAGGGCUGGAGCAGGAGGAUUGAGGGGCUCUCAUGGGGAGGCCAUCCCAGGAGAGCCCACUCAAGGUGGCUUCCAAGCCCACCCUUCAAUCUUAGAGGGAGUAGUGCAAGAGUUCCUCUCAUCUUUAGACUCAGGAGAAUGUUGGUGUGAGUGGAUGGCUUCUGAGAAAGGAGGAGGCAAAAAAAAAAAAGCUCUGCCUGAUCCAAGUCUGGGGUAACAGGAGGGAACCAGCCUGCCAAGGAGAAAGGAAACAGCAUGGCACUCUGACUCAGAGAAACCUGGAUCACCACAAUCAAUAAACCUUGAGAAGCUCUACUGUAUGAAAUCCCGUUAAAAUGAAACCCCACCCUUGUCUGGUGCACUUGUCACUGACAUGAGAUGCAGCCUCCAUUUCCAACCAGAGCAUCCAGCAUGGGGGGACAGGUUGCUGGAUAUGGUAUUCCACAUGCAUCUUCAGGUUGUUCCUGCUGGGCUUCAUGGUAGUGGAGACCUGCCUGUUACAUCCAAUCCUGCUUUGGCUUCGUGCUUUAUUUUUAUAAAUGUCACUCGAAAAUUUAAA